UGGGAACAUUUAGAGGUGAUGGAAAAUGUUUCUGUUGUUACACUGUUUACUCUCUCAGGUUUGAAUUUUACAGCGGGACAAAGAAUUACCCUCUUCUUGCUCACCUUACUGUGGUACUUAAUGAUUCUGUUGGGAAAUGUUGCUCUCGUUGUUGCCAUUAUUGCAGAUAAAAACCUCCACGAGCCGAUGUAUAUCUUCUUAUGUAAUCUAUGCAUUAGUGCGUUGUAUGGAACAGUUGGUUUUUACCCCAAAUUCCUUGUGGAUCUUCUGUCAUCUCAUGUCAUUUCUUACGCUGGAUGCAUGCUACAGGGUUUUGUAAUACACUCAUCAACUUGCAGUGAUUUUUCCAUCCUGGCUCUGAUGGCUUACGACAGAUAUGUGGCUAUAUGUCGACCUCUGUCUUACCAUUCAGUUAUGUCAAAACAGAGAGUGUCCAUCUUUGUGCUUUUCUCCUGGCUCAUACCUCUUUAUUGCAUGUUUAUGAACACAGCAACAUUAUUAGGAACAAGAUUAUGUGGCUCACAUAUACCUAGAGUCUACUGUGUUAACUGGAUGAUUGUUACUCUUGCUUGCUCACCACCCAAAGCAAACGCUGCAGUUGCAUAUUUUAAUAUUUUGUUCUAUUUUGGACAUUUUGUGUUUAUUUUUUGGUCUUACAUGUAUCUGAUAAAAACAUGCAUGUCGUCCAGAGAGAACUGGGGGAAGUUCAUGCAGACAUGUUUACCACAUCUGAUCUCUCUUCUCACGUUUGCGACAGCUGUCCUUUUAGAUGUGUUGUACAUGAGAUUUGGGUCGCCUAAUUUAUCUCAAGAUCUCAGUAAUUUUAUGGCAAUGGAAUUUCUACUCAUCCCUCCGGCCGUGAAUCCACUUAUAUAUGGAUUCAAACUUACCAAAAUACGCAACAAAUUCUUGAAUUUAGUUUAUAUUAAAAGCAGAGGUGCAAAGGGUCAACCCAUGAAUGUUCAUAUUAACAGCGAGUUCCCACACUGA